AUGAAGAUAAAGAAUCAGAAAGCAAAAGUGGAUAUCAGGGCUCAGUCUGAACACGAAGAAGUUGACAUGAAUGGGGAGGACAAAAAUCAGGACACAGUUUGGAAGGAUGUUGAUACGUUUAUGUAUGAUGAAAAUAUACCCAUCGAACAUGAGAACGAAUAUCAACCUGAUGAUAUUGACUUACAGCGGGAAGCUGAUGCUCUUAUGCCAGUUGUUCCUGCAGGGCGACCAAAACGCCAGCAUUUCCUUCCUGCAACAUUUCGUGACUUUGUCCCCUCUCAACCUUCCACUCUUCCAUCCGGGUUACCAUCCAAAACUCGAAAUGGCUUGACACCUCCGCUUCCAAUUUCCAUUCCUGCAACUCCAACUCGGAGAUCUCCCUCUGUUCAAGAUAUACAUGCUCCUUCGUCUACAGUAUCCACAGAGCCUGACCAGUUUGGCCUUUUUCGCGAGUACAUUCAGUAUCCAACAUAUGAACCAGAUGAAUUCAGCUCGUUUGAUGAUCUUUGUGAUGCAAGCAUGUUCAACAUAUCUCAGCCUCCUGCGCGCGAUCCAGAGAGCGGCUUUGGUCCACGGAAAUAUGCUUCGGAUGCGCUUUCAUCAUCUAGUCAUAGAUUUCAAUCUUUGUCUAAGUCAACGGAUUCAUAUGCUCCCUUCCCAAACACGUCUACCUACCACAUGAUGAAGUUUGCAUAUGAUGAACGUAACGACAAUUCUUUUGGCCUUGCUGGGAUUCAGAGGGUAAAUGAGGAAAUUAUCCAACAGCCUGGCUUCGAUCCUAAAGACCUCCGAGGGUUCAACGCUCAAAGAGAAGCAAGGAAACUUGACGAAUUCAUUGCAUCUCAGUCCGUCAAUUCAAAUCUUCCUUUUGACACUCAUGCGGGCUGGAAGAAGAGUUCGGUGAAGAUAUCCCUUCCCUGUACUGGAAAGAAGAAUAGCGAAGACAGGGCUCCUACAGUUGAAGUUGACAAUAUCAUUCACCGAGACCUGUUGGAGGUUAUGAAGGAAGCUUACUCAUCCGAGGCUACAAGCAGAUGUGGGAGCGGUAACGAGCUUGCCUCGUUUUUGUCAAGGGGUAGCGUUGGCAAAGGUUCCGCAAAGCUUUGA